AUGCUGGCAGCUCUAAAGCCGUGCUUACCACGGCGCCUCGAUCGUGUCCUCUGCACUGCAUUGCACCCAUCCGCAGCGCACCGCGCGCUCCAGCCAGUCCAGUACCGAGUCUUAGUUCUCUUGGAUCAGGCUCAGGCCGCCGCCGGAACCGCAUGGAUCCGCGGAUUCACCGCAAAUUCCGGCGGAGAUUCAGGGAACGGGAGUAAUGCAGGAAGCACGAAGGGGGAUUCGGCGGCGGAUGCGCCGAGUGCAAGCGGAAAAGGAGAUUAUGUGACAAGGGGACUCGAGGGGGAAGUAGUUGCGGAAGGCGCAGGGGAAUCCGCGCGCGUGGCGGAAGCAUCGGCGGAAGGCGCGGGGGAAGCGGCGGGGGAAGCCGCCGCUAGUGAGGCGUCGGCGGAAGCAGUGGGGGAGGAAGUCGCAGCCGAUGCCGUAGCGCACGCAGGGUACCAUGGCGCCCGGCGCGGCCGCAUUCGACGGCGUGAUUCGCGGAUCAAAUCCGCCACGGAAGUCAGGGGAGCCGCUUCCGCUCCCGCCGCAGCGGCUGCUAACGCUGACGCGGCUGCGCAUGGGGAAGGGAAUCCCGUGGGGGGAAUUGCGGGGGAAAAUGCCCGCGCGUCCGCGGAGGGCGGGGCGGAAUUCGUCAUGGGGGAAGGCGCAGCGGGGGAAGGAGCAGGGGAAGGCGGGGGGCUGGCGGAGGAGACGUCCAUCGUCCCCGCGGGUCCGCGCCCUGAGCAUUACCCCAAAGUGCUCGCGAUUCCGCUCACGCGCAGACCACUAUUCCCAGGCUUCUACGUCCCCGUUAUAGUCAAGAACCCCAAGUUGGUAGCUGCACUGCAGGAGUUGAAGGCGCAAGGAACGCCCUAUGUGGGCGCGUUCCUCGUGCGAGAUGACCAUGCUGCUUCUUCCCAUUCUUCUGCUGCAUCCACCGCUGCUGCUGCCGCUGCUGCUGGCGAUCCCUCAGCUGGUGCAGCAGGAGCAGAGGGAGCAGAGGGAGCAGCGGCAAGCAGCAGCAGGAGGCGCGAGUUGGGACCAGAGAGGAGUGACGGCGUGGGGGAGGAGUGGGGCAGGGGGGCGGUCGGUGGGGAGGGAGCAGGGGCGGGGGGAGGGCAGGCGGAAGGGGGGGCGGAAGGGGCAGGUGUGGGGUUGGGCGAGGGGGGAGGAGAGGGGGAAGGUGUUGCGGGUGGGGGUGGAGGGGAGGCGUUUAUCAAAGGAGGGGAGCUGUAUAACAAGCUGCAUGAGACAGGGACGUUCGCCCAGGUGAUGCAGGUGAUCAAGCCGUUGGAUGGGGACUCGGCGCAGGUGCUGCUGAUGGGGCACCGGCGGCUGAGGCUGACUGGCAUGGUGGCAGAGGACCCCCUUACGGUUACUGUGGACCAUGUCAAGGACCUCCCAUACGACAGCAACAGCGUGAUGAUUAAAGCCACGGUGAUGGAGGUGGUGAGCACGCUCAAGGACCUCGUGAGGCACAACCCGCUGUACAAGGAGCACAUCGCCAUGUUCGUACAGCACGUGGGCGAGUUCAACGCCUCCCGCAUGGCUGAUUUUGGGGCGGCACUCACCACUGCUGACGAGCCGACGCUACAGUCGGUCCUGGAAGAGCUGGAUGUGGGCAAGCGCCUGUCUCUCGCGCUCAUGCUGCUCAAGAAAGAAUUAGAGCUUGCCAAGCUGCAGGCCAACAUCGCCAAGGGCGUGGAGGAGAAACUGGCCGGGGAGAGCCGCAGAUACAUGCUGAUGGAGCAGCUCAAAGCGAUCAAGAAGGAGCUGGGGCUUGAGAAGGAUGAUAAGACUGCACUCAUUGGUCGCUUCAAGGAGAAGCUUCAGCCGUUUCAGAAGAACUGCCCGCCAGCAGCCAUGCAGGUGAUAGAGGACGAGAUGGCCAAGCUGCAGGGGCUGGAGGCGAGCUCGUCAGAGUUCAACGUGACUCGCAACUACCUUGACUGGCUCACGUCCAUCCCCUGGGGGCACUACAGUGAGGAGAACCUGGACGUGGUGCGGGCGCAGCAGGUGUUAGACGCUGAUCACUAUGGUCUGACAGACGUGAAGGAGCGAAUUCUUGAAUUUAUUGCUGUGGGAAGGCUCAAGGGCAGCACGCAUGGCAAGAUCAUCUGUCUGGUGGGCCCGCCAGGGGUGGGGAAGACGUCUAUUGGUCGCUCCAUUGCCAAUGCCCUGGACCGCAAGUUCUACCGCUUCUCUGUUGGAGGGCUGUCUGACGUGGCAGAGAUUAAGGGUCACCGGCGCACGUAUGUGGGCGCCAUGCCAGGCAAGAUGGUGCAGUGCCUCAAGUCCACGGGGGUGGGCAACCCGCUUGUUCUUAUUGACGAGAUUGACAAGCUGGGCAGGGGUCAUGCGGGCGAUCCAGCAGGGGCACUGCUGGAGAUGCUGGAUCCGGAGCAGAACGCAUCGUUUCUGGACCAUUACCUGGACGUGCCACUGGACCUCUCCAAGGUGCUCUUUGUAUGCACGGCCAACAUGCUGGAGACCAUUCCUGCGCCUCUGCUGGAUCGCAUGGAGGUGAUUCGUCUGGUGGGAUACAUUUCAGACGAGAAGACCCACAUUGCUCGAGGGUACCUUGAACCUGCCGCUCGCUCUGGGUGUGGUGUGAAGCCGGAACAGGUCCUGGUGACGGAUGGUGCACUGCAUUCGCUGAUUGAGACGUAUUGCAGAGAGGCGGGUGUGAGGAACCUGCAGAAGCACAUCGAGCGGAUUUAUCGCAAGGUGGCACUUAAGAUAGUGCGAAGGGAGGGGGAGAGGGAGAAGCGAGACAAGGUAUCUGCGGCUGCAGCAUCAGGACUACUAGAGGAUGGGGAAGAGGACAAGAAUUCCAGCGAGCGCAUGUAUGAUGAGACGCCCGUGGGUGUGGUCAUGGGUCUCGCCUGGACUGCCAUGGGGGGAUCAACCCUCUAUGUUGAAGCCACCGUCAUUGAGCAGGCAGCAGAGCGGGGAAGUCUCGAGCUCACGGGUCAACUGGGAGACGUGAUGAGGGAGAGCGCCACCAUAGCGCACACAGUCGCUCGGCAGAUUCUCACGCGGGCCGACCCCGGAAGCGAGUUCUUCCGGAAGACACGCAUGCACAUGCACGUGCCGGCAGGGGCCACACCCAAGGACGGCCCGAGCGCUGGCUGCACCAUGAUCACUGCCAUGCUGUCCCUGGCACUGGGGCGACAUGUGCGGGCGGAUUUGGCGAUGACUGGAGAAGUCACACUCACUGGGAGAGUCCUACCUAUAGGAGGGGUCAAGGAGAAGACCAUAGCCGCUCGGCGCAACGGUGUGAAGCUGCUUGUGUUCCCCAAGGCCAACCGCAAGGACUAUGAGGAGCUGCCAGAGCAUGUGAGGGAGGGGCUGGACGCACGGUUCGUGGAGCACUACGACGAGAUAUUUGAGCUUGCGUUUGGACGCAAAGUGGAGGAGAUGGGCGCUGCAGAGGUGGUGGCUGAUGCAGUGGCUGUGGAGCCUCAGAGGGAGAAGGCCGGUGCAAUUAUUGCAUCGUGA